AUGCCCGCUGGCCUACUUGAUUUGGAGCAGGGCACUUACCCUGUCCUCAAGCUGAAGGCGUGGAAUGGACGAUUGAUGAUUCUUUUUUUGGCCGUUGCCCUGAAGGGGCUCUCGGAACCUGGCGAUGAUCUGCUGCGAAAGGAACGCCGGGCGGCGCUGGCGGCUGCCGAGUGUGUUGCUUGCAUUUUCGACAGAUCCGAGCGGGCUGCUCGACUGCUCACGGAGCAGGAGGCCGAGUCGAUCAGCGAGGCAAUUUUGAAGUUCCUCAUGAUUUAUAAACAACUGGUGAAAAUGUCGGUGUCUCGGAAUUGCCCACGAUACAAGAUUAUCCCGAAAAUGCAUGCAUUAUUGCAUGUUGGGGAGGAUGUCCGGGAGACCCGCUGCAAUUUUAGACACUUUCAUUGCUUCAUGGACGAAGACUAUAUGGGGCAGAUGAAGGAGUUGACAAUCAAACUGCCAAAAGUAGGCGGCGGCCUGGAAUUUAGAUUGCUCACUCGAUGGCUGCUCCGUCUGGGUGCCUCGAGACCACUUCGUGCUGGCGCAAAGUGA